AUGGAAGAAUACUGCUAUGAAGCAGUCCGACUGUCCAGUUUUAAAGACUUACCCAAAUCAGUCCCGGUACCAUCAACGCGACUUGCACGGUCAGGGUUCUAUUACACUGGCAACAGUGAUGAGGUAGCAUGUUUUAGCUGUGGAGGGAGACUUAAGGAGUGGACCUAUGGAGACAAUCCAUUUGUGCGACAUAGUAAUUUGUUCCCAGAUUGCCCACUUAUGAAAGGGACUGAGACAAAGAAUGUUCCCCUGUUCCAAACAGAUGAUGCUAUUUCUAAUGGCAACAUUGGCACCAAUGAUGAUCCUUUCCCAAACUUAGCAAGGUCUUCACCACGUGACCAUGGUGGUAAUGCGUCCUUACUACUGUCAAACCAACAGGCACUAUCCAGGUCACUGGGCAUCAGUUCACUAGAAGUCGCCGUCCCGCAGAUCACUCAUGCCGGGGUUGCCAGUGGUGUACUCUCUAAGGAGAACACAGCUGCACCCUUAACUCCACCAAAUAUAUCUCAUCUGCCUACAUGCAUCCCUUCAUGGAUGAGAAAUGAGUCUGACCGCCUAGCAACUUUCGUCAGCUGGCCCAGUGGAGCAAGUGUCCUACCCAGAGACUUGGCAAGAGCUGGUUUCUUCUAUUUGGGCACGGAGGACCGGGUAGCAUGUUUUAGCUGUGGAGGGAGACUUAAGGAGUGGACCUAUGGAGACAAUCCAUUUGUGCGACAUAGUAAUUUGUUCCCAGAUUGCCCACUUACGAAAGGGACUGAGACAAAGAAUGUUCCCCUGUUCCAAACAGAUGAUGCUAUUUCUAUUUACAGCAUUGGCGCCGAUGAUGAUCCUUUCCCAAACUUAGCAACAUCUUCACCACGUGACCAUGGUGACAAUGCGUCCUCACUACUGUCAAGACAACAAGCACUAUCCAGGUCACUAGGCAUCAGUUCACCAGAAGUCGCCAUUACGCAGAUCACGCCGCUGGAAACAAACAUGAUGACUCAUGCCGGGGUUGCCAGUGGUGUACGCUCUAAGGAGAACACAGCUGCACCCUUAACUCCACCAAAUACAUCUCAUCUGCCUGCAUGUGUCCCUUCGCGGAUGAGAAAUGAGUCUGAUCGCAUAGCAACUUUCGUCAGCUGGCCCAGUGGAGCAAGUGUCCGACCCAGAGACUUGGCAAGAGCUGGUUUCUUCUAUCUAGGCACGGAGGACAGGGUACAGUGUGCCUUCUGUGAGGGGGUAUUAAGGAAUUGGGAACUAGGUGACCAACCAAUGCAGGAACACCGCAAAUAUCUUUCCACCUGCCCGUUCGUCCUAGGACUGGAAGUUGGAAAUAUUCCUCUGGAAGAACCAAGCACAGCUCUUCCUCUUGCUGUGUCAGAAUCACAAAGACAAGCUGUGGGAGGCGGCACAACAGGAUCAGAGACAAGUCGAUCCACAAAACUCUCCUUCCCAUGUCUUCACCCCAUAGAUGCCACAACUGAAUCCACAGAAGGAGUACUAACAGCGAGACCUAGACACGAGAGAUACGCCACUAAACAGGCCAGAGUUCGAACCUUUGCUAACUGGCCGCCAUCUCGUAUUCCGCGUCCUGAAGCUCUCGCCAGGGCCGGGUUUUUUUACGCCGGCUUUUUUGACAACGUGAAAUGCUUCUUCUGUGACGGAGGACUGAGGAAUUGGGAACCACAAGACGACCCUUGGGCUGAGCAUGCGCGUUGGUUCCCGUGGUGUGAUUUUGUUCGUCAGUGCAAGUCUCCCCAGUCUCAAGCGCAAGCACAAAGAGCACAAGGUGCGCCAGGCAAUUACAAUGUAGAGGCCAGGGAGAUCAAAGCCCGCCUGGACACCCCGACAGUGCAGGCGGUCUUAGAUAUGGGUUUCAGACGAGAUACAGUGCGUCAGGCGAUCGAACAUAGAUUGAGGGAUAUUGGAGAUGAUUUCCCCAGUGCAGUGAGUUUACUAGAUGCCAUUUUGAAAAUUGAGGAUGAGAUGAACCGGCAGACGGCGCAAGGUGCGGCGGCGAUGGCAGUAAUUCCCCAAGAGGCGCCUGGUCAACAGCCACUAGUCCCGGCUCUGGCUGAAGUACCAGCAUCUGUGGCAACCCAGAACACAUCUCAAACGCAGAAUUCGGAGAUCAAGUCUUUGCUUGAGGAAAACAAGAGACUGAAAGAAGAGCGCAUCUGUAAGAUAUGUAUGGACGAAGAAGUUAGCGUGGUAUUUCUGCCGUGCGGCCAUCUUGUCGCCUGUGUCCAGUGUGCACCUGCCUUGAGGAAUUGCGCCAUUUGCAGAACAGCUAUCAAGGGCACGGUUAGGUCCAUAUUAAAUUAA